UUGAUUUUUCGGAUGGGAGAGAAGUUGUGCCGCCGUAGAAUCUUUAAUCGUAUAAAUAGCGCGACUGGGGUCAAUCAAAGCACAUUCGUUUUAAGUAUCUUAACCGUAGAACAACUAACCAAAACCGAAAGCAAAAUGUAUAAAUUGUUGGUGUUGUCAUUGGUCUGCUUUGCUGCCGCCUCAGCAGGUCUUCUUCCAGCUUAUUCACCAUACGCUGCACCAUACGCUGCACCAUACGCCUCACCAUACGGAUACACUGCACCAGCUGUAGUUGCUCACGCUCCAGCUGUCACCUAUGGAGCCUACCAUGCCCCAGCCGUUGUUAAGACAGUUGCACCAGCAUACGCCGCAUACCACGCACCAGUCGUCGCUAAGACUGUUAUUCCAGCAGCCACCUCAUAUGCAAACACCUACAAGAUCUCAUCAUCAAUCCACCCAGUUGCUGCUUAUGCUGCUCCAGUCCAUGCCGCUUAUGCUGCUCCAGUUCAUGCCGCUUAUGCUGCUCCAGUUCAUGCCGCUUAUGCUGCUCCAGUUGUCCACCACGCUGUUGCACCCGCUGUCGUUUCACAUGCCGUAGCUGCUCCAAUUGUGAAAUCAUAUGCUUCACCAUACACAUACGGACACUACUACUAAAUAGUCGUGUAAAAUCGUCGUGAAUCAGUCUCGAAAUUAAGCUCAAAUGUAGUCAAUGCGCGAAGCAGUUAAUCAAGAAACUCUUCGUCAUAUGGCACUAAACAAACACAAAAAAUUAUGGUUUCAUCACUGACCAUCACAAACAACAGUUUCGCCUCACAACAACAACAACAACAGAAAUUAAGGAAUUUGUUUAUAUUUAACGAAAGAUUUCUUUGACCAGAUCGAUUGUUGAAAUUAACCAAAAAAAAAAACCAACAACAUUUAUAACAUUUUCCUCGAAUUUUUCAUCGAUAAUUCUAUUUUUGUUUAUUAUUUAAAAGAAAAUAAUUUCUACCAGUAUUUAUUUACGAUCGCUUCCCAUGUAAAUAUUACACGUCCAUGCCACAAAAUUAUUAUUUUUUUUUUCUGUACAUAAUUUAGGUCAAGAAUUAAAAAUCUGUUUUGGUGAAAAUGAUGAAAACCCAAUUGAAUAAAAUGAUUUACUUCAAGUUUUUUUUACAACAAAAAAAUUGA